AUACCCGAGGUUAUUUUUUUCACUCGCCUGGAUGUGAUUUUCCCAGCGCAGAGCGUUCGUCCCAUGGUUGUGCCGUAAUCGAAAAGACGAUGAUUUUUGUGAUUCACUGAUGUCAGCUCAGGGAUGCAAUCACCUACCAUCCUAGGGAGCCAAAACGGAGUCAACGUUUUCACGGUUUAGAGGGACUUGACUUGAAACAGCCAAUAUUUUGUACCUUGAUAAUUUUUCACAAGGACCCCAUUGGAAAUAAGUAGAAAUACUUUAUGGGUUAUCCUGUGAUAUACAUGUAACAAAAUUUAUUUAUUAAUUAUAUAAAACAGCUAGUCCUUUUUUUCUUUAGUAUCAAUCUGAGAUUUAAGAUAUAGCUAGCUCUAUUUCUGUGAUAUAUAUUGAAUGUAGUUUGUAAUGAUGUUGGUUUUUAUUAUGUGAUAUUUGUAAUAUUUGUAUUCAUGGUAUAUAUAACGUGUUCCAAGCGGAGUUUGAUCUGUAUGGUCUAAGUUGGAAAAUUGAACUCCAAACAGGUCUGAUUUGAAUUUUGACCAGUUAAUUUUUCUCUGACAUUUCUCGAAAUUCUAUCUUUUACGGCUAUUUGCACACAUGAGUCAAAGUGUUUCUACAAAACUUUCUACUUAAAUAGGAAUUGCGCAUACGGUACAGUGCUUUAGGGUAUAGCGGAUUUUAGGGUAUAGGGGAUAGGUUGAUAAAUUUUGCAUUUAGACUUGAAUUAUUGUAUAAAUUUUCAUAUCAUUCUUUUACUGGCAUGCAGACAGACAUUUUAAAUGAUUGCUUGUUGUGUUAUUUUUCAUAUGUUAUCAAAUAAAAAUCGAGGCUAUCCUUUACUGACUAAAUGAGUGUGUAUGUAAAAAAAAAUCAAUGAAUGAAAAGUAUUUGAUAGAAAUUUAAAAAGCUGUUUAGAAGUGGAUUUUAAACUAAUAAUGGAAAAAAUGACCAAAGCUAUCCCGUACACCCUAAACCAGCACGUACGUAAACAAUAGCAUGGAGAGAAAAAUCACAUGAAUUUCUAUUAAAUGCUGAAUGUUUUGAAAAGAAAAGCUGUUUUCUGUCUGAUAUACAGAAAAAAAACAACUAAAUUUUGUUUCUUUGAAUUAGAAUGCAAGAAAAAUUAGUUAGCUAUCCACUAUACCCCCUAAAGCACUGUAGAAAUAUUUUAGUCCUGUCAUACCUAUCAUUAUCUAAUUCUUAUGGCUAUUCAUUCUUACGAACACAGUCUACUUUCACUUUCAUUUUGGAAUUCAUAAAUUUUACAAAAAGUACCAUGUUUAUCAUUGGUUUGACAGGUGGUAUAUCAACAGGAAAGUCGACAGUAUCGCAGAUGUUUAAAGAAUUAGGAUGUCCAAUAGUUGAUGCAGAUGUCAUAGCUAGAGAGGUUGUUGAACCAGGAACAAAAGGGUGGGAGAAAAUUCGAAAAACGUUUGGAGAAGAUGUAUUUCAUGAUGAUGGUCAUUUAAAUAGAGAGAAGCUGGGCCAGUUGAUUUUUGCUGAUAGUGAUAAAAGGGUAGCACUAAACAAAAUCACCCAUCCUGAGAUACAGAAGGUGAUGAUGUGGAAACUGUUCAUGUUGUUUGCCAAAGGUCACCAGUUUGCAAUUCUUGACACUCCACUGUUGUUUGAGAGCAACAAAAUGGUCCCUUACAUGGCAUAUACCAUAGUUAUCUCAUGCACACCAGAGCAACAACUGUCAAGACUUCAAGCCAGGAACAAGCUAUCUGAGGAUGAUGCCAUGCAGAGAAUAAAUUCUCAGAUGUCCUUGGAUGAAAAAUGUCGACUGGCAACAUUUGUGAUUGACAAUAGUGGUGAUAUUGCAAAUACUAGGCAACAAGUUUUGGAAAUUCAUAAGAAGUUAUGUAGUAGCAGACGACACUGGAAACUGAGGAUAGUUCUUCUUUCUGUGAUAAUUGUGUUUGUAUCUGUGAUAGGUUAUUUAGUUGCUAGAUAGUUCUGAUUCAUUUUAAUUCUAUGUUACUUAGUAAAUUUUGUUAUACAGAUUUUGUGUCAGUGUAGGAUCAAAAUAUAUUUUGUGCUAAUUGAUGAAAUACUGCGUUUUGUUACAUACAUAUUUAAUAAUUUCGUUACCUCUUACCCACCAACUCCCAUUUUUUCUGUAUUUUGCAUAUAUUUAUAAUGAACUUGUUGUUGGAUUAAAAUAUUUUUAGCUCACCUGUCACAAAGUGACAAGGUGAGCUUUUGUGAUCGCGCGGUGUCCGUCGUCCGUGCGUACGUGCGUCCGUCCGUAAGUGCGUAAACUUUUCCUUGUGACAUCUCUAGAGGUCACAUUUUUCAUGGGAUCUUUAAGAAAAUGGGUCAGAAUGUUCAUCUUGGUAAAUUCUAGGUCAAGUUCGAAACCGGGUCACAUGCCGUCAAAAACUAGGUCAGUAGGUCUAAAAAUAGAAAAACCUUGUGACCUCUCUAGAGGCCAUAUAUUUCAUAAAAUCUUCAUGAAAAUUGGUCAGAAUGUUCAUCUUGAUGAUAUCUAGGUCAAGUUCGAAACUGGGUCAUGUGCCAUCAAAAACUAGGUCAGGAGGUCUAAAAAUAGAAAAACCUUGUGACCUCUCUAGAGGCCAUAUAUUUCACAAGAUCUUCGUGAAAAUUGGUCAGAAUGUUCACCUUAAUGAUAUCUAGGUCAAGUUCGAAACUGGGUCACGUGCCAUCAAAAACUAGGUCAGUAGGUCUAAAAAUAGAAAAACCUUGUGACCUUUCUAGAGGCCAUAUAUUUCACAAGAUCUUCAAGAAAAUUGGUCAGAACAUUCACCUUGAUGAUAUCUAGGUCAUGUUCUAAACUGGGUCAUGUGCCAUAAAAAACUAGGUCAGUAGGUCAGAUAAUAGAAAAACCUUGUGACCUCUCUAAAGGCCAUAUUUUUCACGUGAUCUGUAUGAAAAUUGGUCAGAACGUUCACCUUAAUGAUAUCUAGGUCAAGUUUGAAACUGGGUCACGUGCGGUCAAAAACUAGGUCAGUAGGUCUAAAAAUAGAAAAACCUUGUGACCUCUCUAGAGGUCAUAUAUUUCAUAAGAUCUUCAUGAAAAUUGGUCAGAAUGUUCACCUUGAUGAUAUCUAAGUCAAGUUUGAAAGUGGGUCACGUGCAGUCAAAACCUAUGUCAGUAGGUCAAAUAAUAGAAAAACCUUGUGACCUCUCUAGAGGCCAUAUUUUCCAUGGGAUCUGUAUGAAAGUUGGUCUGAAUGUUCAUCUUGAUGAUAUCUAGGUCAAGUUCGAAACAGGGUCAUGUGCGGUCAAAAACUAGGUCAGUAGGUUUUGAAAUAGAAAAACCUUGUGACCUCUCUAGAGGCCAUACCCUUGAAUGAAUCUUCAUGAAAAUUGGUCAGAAUGUUCACCUUGAUGAUAUCUAGGUCAAGUUCGAAACUGGGUCACGUGCCUUAAAAAACUAGGUCAAUAGCUCAAAUAAUAGAAAAACCAUGUGACCUCUCUAGAGACCAUAUUUUUCAAUGGAUCUUCAUGAAAAUUGGUCAGAAUUUUUAUCUUGAUAAUAUCUAGGUCAAGUUCAAAUCUGGGUCACAUGAGCUCAAAAAAUAGGUCACUAUGUCAAAUAAUAGAAAAAACGACGUCAUACUCAAAACUGGAUCAUGUGGGAAGAGGUGAGCGAUUCAGGACCAUCAUGGUCCUCUUGUUUAAAAAACCAGUCGAGAUCUACAAUAUUUUUUCGUUGCAGCUUCUUUUUGUUGUGGGCCUACUUUCCGAUGCAUGGCUCUAUGGCUGUGAUUGGGGUACUUUGUGCUUCCCGGAAAUGUAACCUUACCUUUUAUCUUGGAUGAAAACUAAAACAUCAAUAUUUUUCAAUAUUGAUGUACAAAUUUCGUAUUGGAUGUGUGACGUCAUUUUUAGCUCAUCUGAUUUUUUGAAAAAAAAUGAUGAGUUAUUGUCAUCACUUGAGCGGUUGUCGGCGUCGGCGUUGGCGUCUGCGUCGGCGUUGCCUGGUUAAGUUUUAUGUUUAGGUCAGCUUUUCUCCUAAACUAUCAAAGCUAUUGCUUUGAAACUUGGAAUACUUGUUCACCAUCAUAAGCUGACCCUGUAUAGCAAGAAACAUAACUCUAUCUUGCUUUUUGCAAGAUUUAUGGCCCCUUUUGUACUUAGAAAAUAUCAGAUUUCUUGGUUAAGUUUUAUGUUUAGGUCAACUUUUCUCCUAAACUAUCAAAGCUAUUGCUUUGAAACUUGGAAUACUUGUUCACCAUCAUAAGCAGACCCUGUACAUCAAGAAACAUAACUCCACCUUGCUUUUUGCAAGAUUUAUUGCCCCUUUUGGACUUAGAUAAUCAGUUUUCUUUGUUAAGUUUUAUGUUUAGGUCAGCUUUUAUCCUAAAGUAUCAAAGCUAUUGCUUUAAAACUUGCAACACUUGUUCACCAUCAUAAGUUGACCCUGUACAGCAAGAAACAUAACUCCGUCCUGCUUUUUGCAAGAUUUAUGGCCCCUUUUGGACUUAGAAAAUAUCAGAUUUCUUGGUUAAGUUUUAUGUUUAGGUCAACUUUUUCUCUUAAACUAUCAAAGCUAUUGCUUUGAAACUUGCAACACUUGUUCACCAUCAUAAGCUGACCCUGUACAGCAAGCAACAUAACUCCAUCCUGCUUUUUGCAAUAAUUAUUGCCCCUUUUGGACUUAGAAAAUCAUUUUCUUGGUUGAGUAUUAUGUUUAAGUCAACUUUUCUCAUAAACUAUCAAUGCUAUUGCUUUAAAACUUGCAACAGUUUUUCACCAUCAUAAGUGGACACUGUACAUCAAGAACUCUAUCCUGCUUUUUGCAAGAAUGAUGGCCCUUUUUAGACUUAGAAAAUCAUGGGUAGGACAAUAUUUCUAUUACACAAAAAAAAUCAGAUGAGCGUCAGCACCCGCAAGGCGGUGCUCUUGUUGAUGUUAGUUUCGUCGCAUUCAGAAGUUCUUGAAUGUCAAUAUUUUCAGUUUUACACAGGCUACAUAACAAAUUUGUAUCAUUUAAACGAAGGCUUUAAAUGAAGGCUACAUAACAAAUUUAUAUCAUUUAAACGAAGGCUACAUAACAAAUUUAUAUCAUUUAAAUAAUUAUUGUAAGUGUAAUAUGUGUACAUGUAUGUAGUAAAAAGAUCAGAUUGCAAAAUAUAUACGUAUUCUUUCACAGAAUAACAUUGUGUUCCUAUAGUCAUGCAAUAUAUUUCCGCUGCUGAACUUUUGCAGCAUAUUUCAUGGUACAAAUCUAACAACAUUUAAUUAUCAUUGAGGUAUAAUCCAUGCCAUUCAUUGUGGCCGAUAUACAUGUAUAUCUUUGCAGGUCAACCUUACAUUGCUGAUCAAUUUCUUAUUUCGCAUAAAACAGGAGGAAAAUUGUGAUCAUGCUUUGUUCUUUCAGGGAGUUGUUAUUUACAGACCACCUUCAGAGAUACAAUAUUUGAACCAUUUUUGAAAGCGCUAAUGAUAAGAAAAGUCCACUAUUGUGAUUGUUUAAUGAAAAUGGGCAUUAUGAGUAUAUCAUACCUUCACAACGCAACAAAAUGCAAAUAUGUAUAACUCGGUCUUACUAAGUACAUGUACUUAAAGGCACUUGCCUCCAGAUCAUAAGACAACACAAAAAGGGUAAAGUUUUAGGUACUAGGACAUUAAUGCUAUACAUGUUUAUAUUUCUUAAGAAAGCUUUGAAAUUUAAUUACUGACAGACUAUAUGGUAUGGAAACACAUGAGAACUAGAUCUAGUUGUUUUUAGCUCACCUGUCACAAAGUGACAAGGUGAGCUUUUGUGAUCACGCAGCGUCCGUCGUCCGUCCGUGCAUGCGUGCAUAAACUUUUGCUUGUGACCACUCUAGAGGUCACAUUUUUCAUGGGAUCUUUAUGAAAGUUGGUCAGAAUGUUCAUCUUGAUGAUAUGUAGGUUAAGUUCGAAACAGGGUCACGUUCGAUCCAAAACUAGGUCAGUAGGUCUAAGAAUAGAAAAACCUUGUGACCUCUCUAGAGGCCAUAUGUUUGUAUGGAUCUUCAUGAAAAUUGGUCAGAAUGUUCACCUUGGUGAUAUCUAGAUCAAAUUUGAAACUGGGUCAAGUGCCAUCAAAAACUAGGUCAGUAGGUCAAAUAAUGAAAAAACCUUGAGACCUCUCUAUAGGCCAUAUUUUUCAUGGGAUCUGUAUUAAAAUUGGUCUGAAUGUUCAUCUUGAUGAUAUCUAGGUCAAGUUUGAAACUGGGUCAACUGCGGUCAAAAACUAGGUCAGUAGGUCUAAAAAUAGAAAAACCUUGUGACCUCUAUAGAGGCCAUAUUUUUGAAGGAUCUUCAUGAAAAUUGGUCAGAAUGUUCAGCUUGAUGAUAUCUAGGUCAAGUUCGAAACUGGGUCAUGUGCCUUCAAAAACUAGGUCAGUAGGUCAAAUAAUAAAAAAACCUUGUGACCUCUCUAGAGGCCAUAUUUUUCAUGAGAUCUUCAUGAAAAUUAGUUAGAAUGUUCACCUUGAUGAUAUCUAGGUUAAGUUCAAAACUGGGUCACAUACCUUCAAAAAUUAGGUCAAUAGGUCAAUAGGUCAAAUAAUAGAAAAACCUUGUGACCUCUAGAGGCCAUAUUUUUCAAUGGAUUUUCAUGAAAAUUGGUCAGAAUUUUUAUCUUGAUGAUAUCUAGGUCAAGUUCAAAACUGGGUCACAUGAGCUCAAAAACUAGGUCACUAUGUCAAAUAAUAGAAAAAAUGUCAUACUCAAAACUGGGUCAUGUGGGAACAGGUGAGCGAUUCAGGACCAUCACGGUCCUCUUGUUACUAAUUUUUACAUUGAAAAUUGAAAUGUUUGUACUGCUUUAUUGGUGGUAAACUGGCUUAGUUAUAAAUAUCUGUAUUUAACAAUCAUUUAAUAUAUGUGUGUAUUGGUCAAGACCAUGGGAAAGUUUUUAUUGACGUGUCAUUUUUUUCUUGAUCUGGAAUUUUUCAGAUAGUUUAGAAACAAAAACUCGUACAUAAAUUUGUAUUCUAAUGUUCAUAAAAUGGCCAAAAUUGAAUUUUAAAGAAUGUUUAUAUUUAGCCAAGUUCUAGAGGUCAGUGCCUUAAAUUUAUUGUUGCAAUCUUUGUAAUACUUCCAGUUAUGUUAUUUACACUUUUGUGUACCAUAUUUAAAGUAUAUAUGAUAUAUAAAUCCAGUAUCUUUCAGUUGAGAUUCGAUUAAGUUUCUUGCAUAUUGUAGCCAUUUUUAUCAGUCUUGUAACAUGUCAGUUUUGAUUACUUUUCACAAGAGGCUAAAACCUAAAUAUAUAUGAAAAUCUCAUACAUCUUUUAAGUGUCAUAAAGAGACACAAAUUAUCCAAGAGAAAACUGCUUACCAAUAGUUCUUUUGCUUUUAUUCAUCGUUUAAUGCCUUAUUAUAGCCUAUAUUUUAUAAUCAGUAGGGGUUGUAAUCCAUUUGAAACAGGAAAAAAUUAUGUCACAGACAUUGAUCAAGUAACUGUUUAGAAUUGUGUCGCUUGAACAUUUAGCAGUUUCUCACAGGAUCAUAUAGGAGUUUUCCAGUUAACUACUCACAUUUCUCAGAUGAUGAAGCAGAAGCACUGCCAUCUAAAUUUAAUGCAGAUUCAUAUUUUUGCCAAAACUGACAUCUAUGUUUUUAUAGAACAUCAUAUACAUGUAUCUACAUGUAGUUAAUUACAAUGCAUAAUAUUAAGGGUCUGUUUUUCUGAUAAACUAGUAUUGUGGUUCACUAUAUGCAAAUGUACCUUGUUUUAGAAGGACAAUAUAAUUUAAUUGAACAAGUGAAUGAAGUAUUGCCAUGCAAUACAAAGUCCCCUACUGGAAGGCACCUAACUUUCUCUACUGCAGUAUAACAUCAUGAACUGAUAUCUGUCAAUGAUGUAUAAACAAUAUUGUACUAUUAUAUACAAUAUGUUAUAACAACACACUUGGAUUAAAAUGUGCAUAUAUAAAAACCCACAGUUGUUUUCAUAUUGAAAUGUUUUUGCCGAUUAUAAAAAAGUUAUCAUAUAAGUUAUUUUUAGUA